AAAUUGGUGAAAACAGAGGGUGUGACAGUUUGUGCUGCAGCUAAAAAACAUACAAUGGAAGAGCCUUCUGAAGUGGGGACGCAGAACGUGAGCGAGGAUGGGGAAGAAGACAACGAGGAGGAAGGCAAUGAAAAUGGAGGUCGGAUGAAGAAAGGGGAGGAAGAAGAAAGUGACAAGGAAUUAGAAGAAGAACCUAUUGAGAAGAUUCUAGAACCCUUGGGAAAAUUCAAGCUGAUUGCUCUCGUCAAGGAGGUUGUCUCAAAGUUCCCGGAUAUAAUUGAGUGCGUGCAGAGAUUUGCUGAUUUGGACCCUGCACACAGAAAUAUUUUUGUUCAUGGUCUCGACUAUGAUUCUAACAGAGAAACUCUAAUAAUUGUAUUUAGCAAGUACGGUGAGAUUGAAAGUUGUGAGGUUGUCUAUAACAAUGUAGGCAUGUCAAAGGGAUACGGCUUCAUUCUCUUCAAGCACAGGAGUGGAGCCAGUAAGGCAUUGAAACAUCCACAGAAGAAAAUCGAUAAUCGAUUGAUCUCUUGCCAUUUGGCAUCAGCUGGACCUGUUCCUGCUCCUCCUCCUGUAGACUAUUCAUCGUCGGAUUAUAAUCAGAGGAAGAUUUUCGUAAGAAACGUGUCUUGUGACAUUGACCCACUAAAACUAACCGAGUUCUUUGCUAGAUAUGGGGAGAUUGAAGAUGGGCCUCUGGGAAUAAAUAAACAUACUGGGAAAUUUAAAGGUUUCUGUUUUUUUGUGUACAAGAGCAUUGAGAGUUAUAGAAAAGCAUUGGAGGAGCCUAAUAAGAUUUUUGAAGGGAAGAUCCUGCACUGCUGUAAGCAUGUCCCCAAAUCAAAUAAACCAAAUCAGCGUCUUUCUGGACCAACCCCUGACCACCUCAUUGCACCUUUCAGACCUGCUCUUGGAUUUAACCCAGCUGUUGCAGCUCCAACUCUAGUUCUGGGUCCUUCGGUUGGACAGACAUUGGAUGCUCUUCUCGCCUCGCAAGGAGUUGGUUUGGGGUUAACAAUGAAUCAGGGCAUGCCGCCAAUGAUGAACAAUCCUGGUUAUGGGAAUCUGGUUGGAGCAAGCUAUGAUGGUAGUCAACCAGCUUACAUAUACCAGGAUGGUUACCAAGAUCCCCAUUUAGGACAAGGAUCAACUUGGCCAGCUUCAAGUGGUGCUUCUUACACGGAUCAUGGACAAUAG